GGAAUAGGCUCUUUUCUGCUUUCUAAGAGUGGUUAUGUUUUCGGACACGUGUCUGCGAAAUGUCGAAAUGUAGAUCUUCGUUCAUUAACACGAUAAGAAACAAAAAAGCAUUUUGCAAACGCAUGAAAAAUCAUUAACUAAUGAUGGAGUGUAAUACGAUGAUAAUUGCGUUAAAACACUUGGUUGAGACACGACGUUACACACUGGCGAAUGUAUUUAACUUGUGCGUAUAUUAGCUAUAUAUGUGAGUAGCUAUAUAUAUGCAUUAUGUUUAGAAUGUCCAGUAUCUUUCAUCAGAAUGUUUUAUUAUUAAGUAUAUUUACAAUUUCAUAUUUGAUGUUAUCGUCGUCAGUAACCUAAGAUGAAUGAAGAGACAUCACCAAAGAAAUCAUGCAUUUCUCCAACUAUAUCUCAGGAUCACGGUUUGAAAAAUGGGGUACAACUAAAGGAGGACUUCAAUCCAAAACUGGAGCCACUACUCCAGGAAGGCUCAAACCGUUUUGUAAUUUUCCCUAUUCAGUAUCCUGACAUUUGGGACAUGUAUAAAAAGGCUGUAGCCUCUUUUUGGACCAUAGAAGAAGUAUCCCUUCACAAGCAAGACAAAAAGGAUUGGAAUGAAAAGCUAAAUUCCGAUGAGAAACACUUUAUCUCUCAUGUCUUAGCAUUCUUUGCCGCUUCCGAUGGUAUCGUUAAUGAGAAUCUGAUUGAGAGAUUCAGCCAAGAGGUGAAAAUUCCCGAAGCACGUUGUUUCUAUGGCUUUCAAAUUGCCAUAGAAAAUAUUCAUUCUGAGAUGUACUCUUUGCUCAUUGAAACUUAUAUUUCUGAUCCAAAAGAAAAAGAUUUCUUAUUUAAUGCGAUUGAGACACUUCCUUGUGUGAGGAAGAAAGCUACUUGGGCAUUAAAUUGGAUUAAUCAUGAGAGCGCUACGUUUCCCGAACGUGUAGUCGCAUUUGCGGCGGUUGAGGGUAUCUUCUUCAGUGGCAGUUUCGCAGCCAUUUUUUGGCUAAAGAAACGAGGAGUCAUGCCAGGUCUCACCUUCAGCAACGAACUUAUCUCGCGAGACGAAGGAUUACACUGCGAUUUCGCCUGUUUAAUGUUUAAACACAUCGUACAAAAACCAUCGUUUGAGCGUGUGAAAUCAAUUGUAAUGGACGCCGUAGAAAUUGAAAAGGAAUUUUUAACGCAAGCGUUGCCGGUUGAAUUAAUAGGAAUGAAUCACACAUUCAUGUGUAAUUACAUCGAAUUUGUUGCGGACAGAUUAUUCGUUGCAUUAGGAUUUGAAAAGGUUUACAAUUCGGAGAAUCCGUUCUCUUUCAUGGAUUUUAUCUCUAUGAUGGGUAAAACAAAUUUCUUUGAGAAAAAAGUAGGCGAGUAUAAGAAGUUCGGAGUCAUGGAAGAAGAUUCUAAAAAGAAGAGCACGUCAGGUGUGCUGUUUGGUGCAAAGUUUUGAUAUAAAAGGUUUGAAUAUAUAAAAAAUAUAAAACGAACAAAAAAUGUAUGUUCUCCUCGAGGGAGAAAAAGGAUAUAUUGGUAAUUCCACGACUUUGAAAUAAUUUUAUAAUAAUGAUAAACUUCAAGACAAAAACUUUUGACAAAUGUUCCCGAGAUGAAAAAAUGUUUGUACAGUGUUUAUAUUGAAUAUAUUGUAAAUUG